UACCAAUCCCGGUUGUGCCAAGACAAGACAUGAUGAAUCAAGUAAAAUGAUUAGAUACACUACCUAGGAAUGAGCGGAAUAGUAGAUAAGACAGAAAUAAAAGGAAUCACAUAUAAAGUUAUUAAUGAACAAUAUUCUUGUACUUGUAUACCAGACUUUCAGGCUCAUUUUUGUUGAUCACUUACCUGUCUUAGUCAUCCAUCUACCACAGUAUUUUUUGUCAUGUCACUAGGUAUAUUCUAUCACUUGUUUCCCUCUCACACAAAUUUUCACUUUUCAUUCUUGAACUACCGUACUCUUUUGUACAACACUUGAUUAAGAAGAAAAAGCACUGGCCUCUUCUCCCCCAACUUUCUUCCUUCCAGUGUUCCCUUCCUUUCUAAAUUCCUUGUUGUGGUUAACUAGUUUGGGAUCGGAUUUGGCCUGUUCUGAGGACCCGGUUUGAGCCCAUUUCCACCAUACUCUCUCCCAUGGUAUUGUUGGCUUAAAAUUUCGACUAACCCCCGCACUUAUCGAUAAGCGAAGCGAACGAACCAACCAGCACCCACCUUCAUUAUCAUAUUAUCACACUGGUGCCGGUAGUCCACCCGUGCAGUACUCGUACAUACCCACCACACCACAAACGCCGCAUGAACUUCCCUUGCCGGAUUAACUCACCGAUACCGCCCCCGUCCCACCACGGCUUCCCCCAUCUCACCCAACAACCACGACAACCUUUUAGCAGAUCAACUCACUAUGGCCGAUAAGUUGGGUCCCGUCCGCGAGCCGCCACAGGAGAUGAAGUCAAUCAGGCAAUUUAUCCACCGGGGGAAUCAAUUGAGGAGUGUUGAUCCUGUUAUUGCUUAUUACUGUUGCCACCCCGCCCCCUCCCCCUAACCCGAGAAACCAGCCCCUACUAACACGACGGGGGUGGAGAAAUACAGGCUACUUCUGGUCAGUCAAGCAGAUCCUCGCAAAUAAUUUGCAUCAGGCCAGUACCGCGUGCACGACAUGGACUGCGGAUUUGAUGGACGAGCUGGAGAGGGUAUCUUCUUGUCUACCUACGAGUAUCAGCGCUUUAGGAACAGGGCUGACGGGAGUAGCGAAAGGAAGAGCUGAAGGAUAAAGAUAUUAUUGGCGACGAUGUGGCGGCGCAGGCCUACGUGGAGAACUUCGCGUUAAAGAUAUUUGAGAACGGUGCAAAAGUUGUUGCCGCUGGGAAGGCUACCAGGUGCGCAUGUUCUGUCCCACUUGGCUGUUGCCUCUAAGUUAACAAUGGGUGCAAAGCACGACGCGGGAUACGCUUUUAGCGGCGGUAUGCUUUCUUGAGCUUGUCAAGAUCUUUGCGGAACCGGAUGCCGAGGUUUGUUGCACUAUGACACCCGACGGUCUAGCGGCAGGCAGUGCUGACAGGAGCAGAUUCAACAAAAGAUCAAGUUCGCCAAGUUCCAUGCCGCACGGAUCUGGAAAGCUGUCAACCUUGGUCAGGAUCCUAACCCGAGCACUUCCGAACCUAUGGCUCCUGAAGCCUACAGUUCACAACCGCCGCCGCCUCCAAUGGCCGAGGACGAAGUCCCAUCAUUACUACCGUCUCUUCCACAGGCUCCUAUGAUUUCUCCCCCAGCCCCACAAGUUCCUUCACCCCGAGCAGGAGAGCAAGAACCCGGGCGAUCCUACUACUCUCGAUCCCCGCCAAUUUCCCCCCAUCCCCCCCCAUCACGUCCAAUGUCACGGGCCCCACCACCCGCGCUACCAGAGAUACGUACGUCCAAUACUUCCAGCGAAUACCCCCCACAAGUGCCUAUUGUCCACGAGCCCAGCGCGCCAAGUCUCUCCCCAUCAACAAUGAGCGCCGCGAAUACUGGAUUCCCAGAAAUGCAUGCCCAACACCUAUUAAAUAUCCACUAUCCUCCCUCCGCACACGGCUCAGCUCCCCCGGUACAAGGCCAAGAACAAGAUUACAAUACCAACCAGCCCGCAGGUUACUACUCUCAACUACCAGUACCAACCCAACAGCGACCGAUCCCAACACUGUCCCAACCAGCCAUGAAAAAACAUGAGCCAACGGAGGAGGAUAUCCUCCGGGCUCAGAAACACGCGAAAUGGGCGAUUAGUGCACUUGAUUACGAAGAUAUCGAGACGGCGAUAAAGGAAUUCCGACUGGGGCUCGAGCGAUUAGGUGCACUAUGA